AUGCUGCAACAAGUAAAAUGCGAGUGUGUGACAAGCGAUUUACCAGUGUGUGACAAGUGGUUCACCAGUGUGUGACCACUCGCUACCAGUGUGUAACGACUACCACACCGAUGCGUACCCAGUGUGUGCACACAUCGGUAUUUUUGUGGUUACACACUUGUGUUUCUCUUGUCACACAUGCGUAAUUUUUUUUCUGAGAUAGGUCCCCACCUUAUUAUGGUAAGAAAUCUUAUUGGUGGGGACCUAAAAUUAAGUUGACACGUGGGGGCUCAAAAUGAUAGUGGUGGGGACCUUUUUUCCGAAAUACCCUAUGAUCGAAAUAAAAGCCCCCAACUCUAUUAAAAUUAUGUGAAAAUAGGCCCCCACAUACAAAUAUAAGUCCCACCCCAAUAUAGGUCCCCAUCCAAAAAUAAGUCCCCACAUAAUCAUUUUAGGUCCCCAUUUCCAUUGAGUGGGGACUCGGUGGGGACUUUUACUUGUUGGUGGGGGCUUACUUUGAGGUGGGGGGCUAUUCUGCGAUUCACCCGGGGAAUGAUAUCUGAAAAAUGAAACCCCUAGUUUUCAGACGACAAACGAACAAAAGGAUUCAUUUCGCAUGUUGGCCUAAAUUCAUAUCUCGAAUCUUGUUAUGCCGGAGUUCCAAUUCUAGCUAUUCCACUUUUUGUAGAUCAAAAACAUAAUGCAGAGUCAGGAAGAUUAUUGGAAAAUACUUAUGUUUUGGAUAAAACAGAAUUGAGUGAGGAAAAUAUUGUGAAAGGAUUGAACGCGAUUUUGAAUGAUGAGAGGUGAACAUUUCGUGUUUUUUUCUAAUUCCUGAAUCCGCAACAAAAAAAAACGAAAAAAUCAGUGGCUCAAAAACUAGAAGACAUGUUUUAAGGUUACCUAAUUUCAUCACAGAACAACAGAAUCUUUUUCAGAUUCUACACAAACUCAAAGCGAAUCGCAAAAAUGCUAGCCGAACGUCCAAAUCCAGCAAAACAGCAAUUUUUGGAAUGGAUCGAAUUUAUUGCGGCAAAUCCAAUGUUGCAUAAACAAUUGAAUCAACCCGGAGCUCAAAUGGGACCUUUUCAAUACUAUUGUGUGGAUAUUUUAUUAAUUAUGUCAAUUAGUUUGUUAAUUAUGAGUUAUGUGAUAUUUACGGUGCUCAAAUUGGUGCGAAAUGGAGUGUUUCGGGUGAAAAAUGAGGAGAAUUUGAAAAGAAAAAAUAAAAGUGAAUAA